UUCUGUCCUAUAGGGUCAUGACUCAGUGGCAAUGGAUAUAUAUAUAUACAUGUAAACUGGAAAAAAUAACAGCAUGCUGUUAUGUCAAUGGAAAUGAUCUAGUCGCACAAUUAUAAAAUGAUUCAGAAUAUUUGGAUUGCUGGAGCAUGGAGACAGAGAGAAGAAGAAGGAGAAAAAGAAAAAGAAGGAGGAGGAAGAAGGAAAGAAGGAGAAGGGAGAGAAAAAAGUGGGGAUGGGAGGAGAGAAGAGAGAGUAAAGAAGGGAAGGGAGGGGAAAGUGAGAAGAAUGGAGAGACAGGGAAACAGAAGGAAAGGGAAAAGAGGGAAGGAAGGAAGAGAAAAAGAGUGAAGAAAAGAGGAUGAGAUGAGGAGUGUGGAGGUGAAGGUAGAGUAGGGGAGGGGAGAAGAAAGAGAGGAAAGUUGGGAGGUAGGGUGGAAUAUGAACAAAUAAAGGUCAGAUUAUCAAAGUCCUUUUUAAAGGGGGUGACUUAAAAAAAGUUGACAAUGAGGAAUUUUAAACAAUAAAGUGGAAGGGUUAUUUUUGAAAUCAAAUUAUAUCAUUCAGGCUAAGAUGAGGAGAGAAAGGCAGCAGGAACACAGGUGUUAGAACCCCCACCCCCACACAGGUAUGUAUGCAUAUAAUCCUAUUUAAACCCAGUAAACUACGACUAUGGAGUGUAUUUAGGGACUCUUUUCCUCUUCAAUAAGAAAUCAAAUAUGUUUAAUACUCAUGUCCUCAGAACAUCAUAGAUGUGAUCUUAAAAGUAUCCUUGUUUAAGGCAGGAAAUGAACUACUUGAUUUUCCUGGUAUUUUUGCACUAUUUGUUUUCUUGAUUUCUUUCUUAUCCCAGCAAAAGAACCCUCCAAUCUGAGAAAAAAGUAUGACCAACCAUACAACCGUGACUGAAUUUGUUCUCCUGGGAUUCAGGGAUCAUCCAGAGCUACAAUGUCUUCUUUUUGUGGUGUUCCUACUUAUGUAUGUGACCACUGUUCUUGGAAAUCUUGGCAUGAUCCUGUUAAUCAAAACUGACUCUCGUUUCCACACUCCAAUGUAUUUCUUCCUCAGUAACUUGUCCCUUGUUGAUUUCUGCUACUCUUCUGUCAUUGCCCCUAAUAUGCUGGUGAACUUCUGGGUGGAGAACCCAGUCAUUUCAUUUAAUGGAUGUGCCACUCAAUUCUUCUUUUUUGGUUCCUUUGCUGGCAUUGAGGGCUUCCUGUUGGCUGUGAUGGCCUAUGACCGUUAUGUGGCCAUUUGCGAGCCUCUACUUUACACAGUCACCAUGUCCCCGCAUCUCAACAUCCUAUUGGUGUUAUCUACAUAUCUUGCAGGCUUUAUAAAUGCUUCCAUUCAUACUGGCUUCACCUUCCAGCUGUCUUUCUGUGGCUCAAAUGCCAUCAACCACUUUUUCUGUGACAUUCUGCCACUCCUUAAACUCUCUUGUUCUGACACACACAUCAACGAGGUUGUCAUUUUUGCUUUUGCCAGUUUUAAUGAACUGAGUUGCCUCCUGACUAUCCUCAUUUCUUAUCUCUACAUCCUGGUAGCCAUCUUGAGGAUCCAGUCUGCUGAGGGAAGGUGCAAAGCCUUCUCCACCUGUGCUUCCCAUUUGAUAGCAGUCACCAUCUUCUUUGGGACAAUCCUCUUCAUGUAUCUGCACCCCAGCUCCAGCUACUCAAUGGACCAAGACAAAGUGGUGUCUGUGUUUUAUACAGUGAUCAUCCCCAUGUUAAAUCCUCUCAUCUAUAGUCUGAGAAACAAAGAGGUCAAAUCUUCCUUCGGUAAAGUGUUUAAAACAAACUCUUUUUACAUGUGUUUUUAG